AUGGGGUCGUAUCAGAUACAGGCCGAGGUUCAGAGCGAAGUUCAAAAGCAAUCAAACGAUGCGCAGGAAAAAGCAGUUAUUACAAUAACGGACGGUCUUACAACCGUGGCGGCGGUGCUUAUGGACACUCAUAUGCGCGCGACUGUGAUCCCCGGCAGGUUAAUCAUUCUUAUGUCCUCGCUCGUCGUCCACAUGGAGAGAACCGUCGAGGAGGUCGGAAUCCUGUUUAUGGGAGACAAGUACGAGAUUUCACUUCUUCGUGGUGGAGAAGAACCACGGGUGGAUGGAACAAGCGCUAUCAUAACUAUCGGAAUUUCGAGCGACGUAAUUUCCAAAAGAAGUUUACGGCCAGACCUUGUAUCCUGCUGUUAG